AGUAAGUAAUUACAUAUUGGGAGAAAUAGAAAGUCAAAAUAUGUUUCCAAGUAUAGAAUUGAGUUAAAAACAAAUGGAGUAGGAGUUUCAGUGUGACAAUUUAUAAGUAGAUAUUAUGAGUCGUGAAUUGCGAUAAGGUUAGCUUUCCGUUUUUCCAUCUUCUUCCUCACACCCAACCCAGUAGAAUCAUUCCAACGCCAUGAGUGAAGAAAGUUGUAUAGAUCAAACAGAGCGUCUCUGCGAUUUCUGCAACGAGUCCAAGGCGCUCCUCUACUGCCGCGCGGAUUCAGCCAAGCUCUGCUUCAGCUGCGAUCUCGAGGUCCACUCCACCAAUCCGCUCUUCCAGAAGCACAACCGCUCCCUCCUCUGCGAUUCCUGCAGCUCCUCGCCCUCCUCCAUCUUCUGCUCCACCGAAUCCACCGUCCUCUGCCAGAAUUGCGACUGGGAGAUCCACAACACCUUCGCCUCCAUCCACGACCGCCGCCCCCUCGAAGGCUUCUCCGGCUGCCCUUCCCUCACCGACCUCCUCAGAUUUCUAGGCUUGCAGGAUUUCGAGAAGAACAAAUCAGAUCUCGGCGCCGGAAACGAAUUUCUCGAUAUGCUGGUGUGGGAGACGCCGACUGUCGUCACCAUCAACGAUUUGAUCGUCGCCAAUAAUUAUGACGAUUCUGCCCCCGCUCUUCAGGCUACCGCCUUGCCCCCUUUCCCUAAGAAUCGAAAUGCAUCGUGUGGCAAGCACAAGGAGGAAAUAUUUUCCCAACUACGCGAGAUGGCGAAGAAGGAUCCAAACUACAGUGGCUCCCUUGAAGAGGACUUUGAAGCAUUUGUGGAAAACAAUCAGCCACAAGUAGCUGCAAAAUGUCCGACUGGCCUCGAAACUAAGGCCGAGCCGGCUAGUAUUGGUGAUUGGUGUUUCGUUGAUGAAGGCUUUCCUUCCGCGUAUUUCGGUGAUUUCAUCAGUGAGAUGAGCCAUUUGGUGCCGGACAAGGACUCAGACAGUGCUGGUGUUGGAAAUGGUAUUCAAGACAUUCAACCGUGUGUUCCUGUCGAUUCCCAGGCCUUUCAACUGCCUCCUACUGCAGCAACGCGUGAGCUUAACAGCCAAGAGCGAGACUCUGCUCUAUCACGCUACAAGGAGAAGAAGAAAACUAGAAGGUACGACAAGCAUGUGAGAUACGAAUCAAGAAAAGUUCGAGCAGAAAGUAGGGUGAGAAUAAAGGGCCGUUUUGCAAAGAAGGAUCGCUAGUUUCUGCAGCGCGAACAGUGAGAUUGUGAAAUCGAAGUUCGAGUGUUUGGUGAAAUGCGGGUAUGCAUAUUCAUUGGAUUAUUAGCACAUACUAACAGCAGUUAGUUAGGCAAAUGUUAGCUUAGCUUUUCCUUGUUUAUGCUGUAAACAAAUGUACUGUAGCUGUUAGAACACACAGUUGUUUGUUAUCCUCUCCUUUUCUCCCAAGAAUGUGUAUAAUACAUAUGUACUAUACUACUAUA